AUGUCUACUUCUGUCGAAUUCACUACUUCUGCAAAAGGUCGACCUUUGAUGGUAUUAGAUGGCUAUUCGUACAUUCGAGAUCGUCAAACUGACGAAAAGACUUACUGGCGUUGUGAAAAUCACAAAAAACUUAAUUGUCAUUAUCGAAUACAUACAUGUAAUUUUACGACUAAUACAACACAUGCGAACAUUUUAAAACGCAAUGGUGUUCAUACAACAAGUUGUCAUCGAGAUCCAAUUAAAAUAUCACUUCGAAAAUUCCAUGAAGAUCUUGUUGACCGUGCAAAAAAUACACAAGAAUCAACCGACACUGUAUUAUCAAAAUGUUUAACUCAACUCUCUACUCCAGCACGUUUACGUUUACCACCCUUAGAUCAUGUCAAACGUACAGUCCGUCAACAUCGAAAAGAAAAUAAUUUACCAAAUAUACCUAAUGAUGUUGACUUUCCAUCAGUUCCAACAAUUUUACAAUUUACAAAAAGAAAUGAAAUCUUUUUAAGAAUCGACACUGGACCCGGUCCAGAUCGAAUGCUUAUCUUUAGCAGUCCUGAGCAAUGCUCAAUAUUAGCAUCAUCAACUGAGUUCUUGGUUGAUGGAACUUUUGAUAUCGUUCCGGAUAUUUUCUAUCAGUUGUAUGUUAUUCAUGCUGUACAUCGUGAACAUGUUAUUCCGGCAGCAUUUUGUUUACUUCGUCGAAAAAAUGAAAUUACCUAUCAAGAUAUGAUUAAUAAAAUUAUGGAAUUUGCACCAACAUGGAAUCCUGAAAAUUUAUUGAUGGAUUUCGAAAAAGCUGCUAUAAAUGCAUUUUCGACAAUUUUUCCACAAGCAUCUCUCUCUGGUUGUUAUUUUCACUUACGCCAGAGUAUACAUCGGCAGUUACAGACCCAAGGGCUACAAAAAAAAUAUGAAGAUAAUUCUGAUUUUGCUAAUGGAAUACAUAAAAUUGCUGCACUGGCAUUUAUUAAUCCAAAAGAUGUUGUUAAAGCAUUUGUCGAACUCAGUAUUCAUCUCGACGAUCAAUUUCAAUCUAUGUUAGAUUAUUUUGAAGACAAUUAUAUUGGUCGAUUUCGUGCUAAUGGUUCACGUGCACGUCCACUAUUUGGAAUUAAGUACUGGAAUGUUUAUGAUCGAACGAAAAAUUCACAAAUGAGAACUAAUAACUCAGCAGAAGCGUGGAAUAGACGAAUCAAAUGUAUUUUUCAAUGUUCUCAUCCGACUUUAUGGAAAUUCAUCGACAAAUUAAUUUUUGAAGAAGACUCACAUAUUCAUACGAAGAUCGGCAGAGUUAAUGCCGGUGAACCGGUUUCAAAGAAGAAAAAUUAUCAACAUCGGGAUAAACGUUUACUCAAUCUUGUUUUGAAUCCUCAUCAUCAUAUUGUCGAUCAAUUAAGUGCGCUAGCACAUAAUAUAACCUUAUAA